AUGAAGCUGGUGUCUCCCUGUAAAAGUGAAGGAUCCUGCCCAUCCACCCAAGCAGUUUCUGCUGAUGGCCAAAAAAACGUUCUGCCUCUACAGCAGUUGGAUCUCUCCUCAAGGGCAGUAAUGCUUAAAAGGAGUCUCAGAACUGCUCCAGUACUUCAAAAGAUGCCAUACCUGCUGAUAACUUUUGGUGGUCUAUGGCUUCCCUAUCUCUCGCACCAGCCUAGUGAUAGCCUUCCUGGUUGCCCGGUUGGGAGGCUGAAGUGGCGGUCACUGUUCACUGUCAGCAUGUCCCUGUCCUAUGCGAAAAGACGUUCGAGGUUCAGAUGCGAUGCCAAGAGUAAACUUGAUGUAAAUGGUAGCCCGCACACGGGCCACUGCUGUGUGCUCUACCGUACUCGUGCAGCUGCAGCACGAAAGACCUUAGUAGCCAUUGUCCAUAAAAAGAAAGAUAAAAAGCAGUUUAGGGCUGUGGAUUUUUUGAAGCAAAAGGAAUAUAAGAGAACAUUAUCAUCAAAAGAAGUUGUCACCCUGAGGGAUCUUCUUGUUAAUAGCUAUGUUAGACCUAUUGGGCUCUGCAUGAUAGAAGAGUAUAAAACAGGCAAGAAGGUGUACUACAAUUGCAAUCUGUGUGGUGCUUACUCUGAUGUUGAUUCUAUGUAUAACCAUGUAAUUGGUAUAAAGCAUACUGAGAAGUACAUUGAUAUGAGGAUGGGAAAGAAGGACGUCCCAUUCUUGACAGCAAAAAAGCGAGAAGAAUACAGAGAUCAGAUAUUAGAGGAGGAAGGACUUCAUUUAAAUGAUAUAAAGACAAUAACAGGAGAGAAGUAUAACCAAUUUUUGUGGGAGAAAAAGAAGACCCAAUGCAGGACAUUAUCUCCUAGUUCUACACCAAUGCAUAGCAUGACCAACCUCUCUUUAUCAUGUUCUUCAGUUUAUGAGCCAGAACCUACUACUCCGCCAAAGUCCAAGUUUCGAGAAAGAGCUAGAUUAGCUGUGGAAAGACCCGAUUCUCAAGCAAGAGGCAACAAAGGAACUGAAUCUGAUUCCCUAGAGCCAGAACCUACUACUCUGCCCAAGUCCAAGUAUCGAGAAAGAGCUAGAUUAGCUGUGGAAAGACCUGAUUCUCAAGCAAGAGGCAACAAAGGAACUGAAUCUGAUUCCCUUGAGCCAGAACCUACUACUCUGCCAAAGUCCAAGUAUCGAGAAAGAGCUAGAUUAGCUGUGGAAAGACCCGAUUCUCAAGCAAGAGGCAACAAAGGAACUGAAUCUGAUUCCCUAGAGCCAGAACCUACUACUCUGCCCAAGUCCAAGUAUCGAGAAAGAGCUAGAUUAGCUGUGGAAAGACCCGAUUCUCAAGCAAGAGGCAACAAAGGAACUGAAUCUGAUUCCCUAGAGCCAGAACCUACUACUCUGCCAAAGUCCAAGUAUCGAGAAAGAGCUAGAUUAGCUGUGGAAAGACCCGAUUCUCAAGCAAGAGGCAACAAAGGAACUGAAUCUGAUUCCCUAGAGCCAGAACCUACUACUCUGCCCAAGUCCAAGUAUCGAGAAAGAGCUAGAUUAGCUGUGGAAAGACCCGAUUCUCAAGCAAGAGGCAACAAAGGAACUGAAUCUGAUUCCCUAGAGCCAGAACCUACUACUCCGCCAAAGUCCAAGUAUCGAGAAAGAGCUAGAUUAGCUGUGGAAAGACCCGAUUCUCAGGCAAGAGGCAACAAAGGAACUGAAUCUGAUUCCCUAGGUAGAACCCCAGCAGCUGGAGCUAGAGUUGAAAAUUCAAAGAAGAAAGAAGAAUUACUUGCUUUAAUAAUCAAACUGGUUGAUCAAAUUAUCUCUCCUGAAGAUGACUUGUAAUGAAAUGACAGGCUUUUUCUUCUGCUUCAAAAACUUUCCAAAAUAUUGUAUUAUUUUUUCCAAUUUCCAAAAGCUAAAGGAAAUUUACCAGUGUAGUUUU